UACCCCUAUGAAAAAACUUGCGCGAAUAGCUUUAAUUCGUUCUAGUCAAAGCAGCGCGGAGAAAAACAACAUCUGUCACGUGUUAACGCCGCUUAACAUGCCAACAGGUGUAAUGACAUUUGGAAUAUGUGAGUUUUGCUCAGCCGGGCCUCUUCAUGCACAGUGCAAAGUGGAGUGGUAUUUCGGUAUUCCUUGCAGGAGUGUUUAUGAAGCCCUGGUUAUGCAGAUUAAAAAGUGGAGGACAGCCUCAACCUGUGCCACAGGAGGACAGAAAUGCCUGUACAAGUUGCAGUCUGCAUCUGUUCACUUUAUUUCCGCCAAACAUUCAGCAGCUGUAAAGAAAUAUGUGGAAGACAUCAACUUCAGGCUUGUCUCUUAUGGUUUCUUUACACACUGUCAUGUUUCUGCCAUGUCAGUAUCAGAGACCUGGUAUGCUGUCACAGAUCACGGCACCAACUAUUGUAACCUCUACAACUUAAUAGAAGGUAGUGGACUUAUUGAAGCUCCAGGAUAUAAAGAGAUCACAAGUGACUUCCUCUGCACUCAGCGUUCAUCUGCGGAUUGUUCUGUUUAUUAA